AAUUGUACUCCGAUUGAUUGUUCUUCCAAAGGAAAUUCCCUUGGAAAGUUAGAGCUAUCCUAAUUCUUGAAACAAAUCGGUUGUGUUCAUCCUGGAUUGAUUGGUUUUUAGUUCUUCAACUCCAGUCCUGAUCAGGAAAAUUAUUGGAAUUCAAAUUGUUUUCUUCUUCCAUGCAGUCUGAGAAGAUAGUAAUGUAUGGAACAGGUACAUUGAGUAGUUAUAGCUUCCAUCAGAUAGAUACUACAGUAGAGUAUACAAUGCUAUUUUCCAACUCCUGGUCAAACCAUAGAUGGGUUUAAAAGGGAAGAAGUGUUAUCAUAUGUAAUUAGAAGCGUUUAUUGAAAUUGAGUUGAACUGUUUACAUGGAAACCAACUGGUGUCACCUAUAUCAUUGCACAGUUGACACCCAUGGUGAAGAUGGCAUUUUAUGCAAAUAUUGGUUUCUAACAGUAACGAUUCUGUUAAGUGCGAACCAUACAAAUUUUUGUUUCUUCCAGGUUACAAAUUUUUUAUUUUUUAUUUUUUUUCCAGCUAGCAUACAUCAUUUAAGACACAGAAUCACUCCAAAAAAAUAGAAAUGCAAAAAAAGUGUGCCAAAUCCAGAAUCAAGUUUAAAAAACAGAAUCGUUACAGUACAGAGCCUUACUGAUUAGAGAGAGAGAGAGAGAGAGAGAGAUCUGGCAAUUAAGAUCAAUUGCUUUUGGGGGAUGUUGAAUUGAUAUUUCAUGGCAUUGGCUGCUUCAAAUCAUUCCCCUGGAGAACCCGACUCAGAUUUUCAUGACAACAAUUCAUGGUGCGAAGAUGAGUCUCUAUUUGAUAGUUUGGAAAAUGGACGAGAUAGGGCAUCUGACUUGGACAGAGAGUGGCAGAGGAGGCAUGAUCAAUUCCAUACGAUUGGCUAUCGUGAUGGCCUGACAGCUGGAAAAGAAGCUUCGGCACAAGAGGGUUUCAAUGUUGGGUUUAAGCAAUCUGUGAUUGCUGGAUAUAGUUGGGGCCUUGUUAGAGGCAUUACGAGUGCGCUGGCGUGUCUUCAUGAUGAUCAGAGAGGAAACUUGGUUGAAUCAGUAGAGAAGAGAGAGAAGCUUCAAAAUUUGUAUGAAUCUGUGAAGUCUCUUUCAUCAAGAGAUUCCCUAAAUAUAUUCCAUAAAGACAUCGUAGGCGGAAGUUCCGGAGAAAAUGGUAUGCAUUUGGAGGGACACUUCAAUUCAGCUGUUGAGCCAAAUGAAAUUCUAGGUAACAGUCAAUUGGGAUGCCACUACAAGGAGCUUGAGUCCUUACUUCUUGAAUGUCCUCCUAUAAAGGUGCACUGGACAGUGGAUGAGAAGGUGGUGGAAUAACUAUUUUUCUUGAAUAGGGUUUUUUGUCUGCCUAUAAAUACAAUCAGGAAUUCCGUCAAAUUAGUGGCUAAUGUCCAGAUAGAGUUACAUUGAAGAAAUGUGGCAUACAAUGAAGUAAUGACUGUUACUACUUUGUAACUCACAGAAAUUUAUGCAUAAAGCAAUAUUUGCUCA